GCUGAUUUGGAGGGCGAAACACCGCAAAAACUGACCUUGCUCUCCCUGUCAGCAGAGCACGAGCUCGAGCCAAGCGCUGCGGUAGAGCUAGCACGGACCGCGAGACAUCGUCAGUUGUCAGUUAUUUAUGCCAACAGAAGCACCGGUGCAACGAACGAUGCAGUGGUGCGUGCUGUCGGCACUGCUGGCAAGCACAACCUGUUUUUCACCUAGACGCGUCCGUCAUGCAAGAACUCGCAUGCAAGCAUCGACGCUGCCAAAGGACGAGACGGGCGUCUCGUAUCUUCGAGACACGAACCCGGACGCCGACGGCCGCGGCGUGCUCGUCGCGGUGCUCGACACGGGCUGCGACCUGGCGGCGGCCGGCCUGCAAACCACAUCGACGGGCCAACCGAAGUAUGUUGAUUUUCUGGACUGCACGGGCGGUGGCGAUAUCGACAUGAGCGUCUCCCGGAAAAAGGACGGAACAACUCUCGAAGGCGCGUCCGGCGCGACGCUCACGCUCGGCGCCUGGGCGGAUUCUGUCGACGAAUUCCGAGUCGGCGCGGCUCCUUUAUGGACGUUGUUGCCGGGAUCGACGCGCGAGCGCGUCCUGGCUGAGCGAAAGGAGCUCUUCGAGGCGACGCAUCGCGCGGCGGCGACCCGGAUGCAGCGCGACCUCGACGCCGCCGAGAACUGGACGCCAUCGCCGGAGGACGAGCUCGUCUGGGGCGGGCGCGCCAACGCGACCGCCGCGGCAAAAAAGGCGAAGAAGACGGAGCUCGAGGCGCGCCUGAAAGAGCUGGACGCGUUGCUGAAGGACGACUACGACGACGCUGGGCCCCUGAUCGACGUCGUCGCGUUCCGGGACGACAACGGCUGGCGCGCGGUGGUCGACGCGGAAGGAACCGGAGACCUCACCGACUCUAGCCCCAUGGCGCCGUUCGGGGUCGAGCGCCAGCUCGGCACGUUUGGCUUCGGCAGCGCCUGCACGUUCUGCCUCCAGAUUGGCGACCUCGACGACGGCGGCGCGCUUUCGAUCGUGUGCGAUGCUGGGAGUCACGGCACGCACGUGGCGGGCAUCGUAGCCGCCAAUUUCGAAGCCGAGGACGACGCGGCGGACGGCGUCGCGCCCGGCUGCCAGAUCCUCGCUCUAAAGAUUGGCGACGGCCGCCUCGGGAGCGCGGAAACGGGCACCGGUCUCGUCCGCGCGCUCGCGGCCUGCAAGCGGUACGGCGUCGACCUCAUCAACUUGUCAUACGGGGAACCCUUUUACGAGUCUACGUCUGGACGCGUCGCCGAGACGUUCGACGACGCCGUGCGGAAGUGGAGCAUGACCGUGUUCACGUCGGCGGGUAACGACGGCCCGGCGCUGUCGUCGCUCGGCGCGCCGGGGUGCCUCACGGCGCCCAUCACUGUUGGUGCUUACGUCUCCCCGGCCAUGAUGCGCGAGCAGUACUCGAUGCUCGAGGGAGACGUCCCGGCCACGAGCUACACGUUCUCGAGCCGCGGGCCGACGCCCGACGGGUGGAUUCCGACGCUCUGCGCGCCUGGCGGCGCCAUCGCUCCGAUACCGCGCCACAUGCUCGCCGGCCGAGCGCAGUACCACGGCACUUCCAUGUCCUCGCCGAACGCCUGCGGCGUCGCGGCCUGCGUACUGUCGGCCCUCGCGCGCGAGGACCGGCCCUCGCCGCCGGCGCUCCGGCGCGCGCUGGAGUCGACCUGCAAGCCGGUGCCGUCGGCGGACCCGUUCGCCCAGGGCUUUGGACUCAUCGACGCGCCAGCAGCGGUGACGUAUCUGGAGACCCACGCGGGAAAAACGGCCCACGACCUCGCCUUUGACGUCACGGUGCCGUCCCAGGGCGACGCGCGCGGCGUCUACUUGAGAGAUGCGGGCCAAGUCCUGUCGCCGGCGGCGGGCGGCGGCGGUGUGGUUGGUGUCCAGGUCAAGCCUCGCUUCGCGCACGCGACGAGCCGCGACGAAGCCGAGGUCGAGGAGGUGCUGAAGCUCGACGUCGACGUGGCGCUGAGCUGCGCCGCGGACUGGGUCACGACGCCCGCGAGCCUCGUGCUGCAGUCAGGCGUCGCGGCGCGGCCGCAAUCGUUCCAGAUCAAGAUCGAUGCUGCUAGUCUGCCGCCGGGCGCGCACUUUACGCGGGUCGAAGGACGCGACGCGACCGACCCGACCCGCGGCCCGCUCUUCACGCUUCCCGUCACCGCGAUUGUGCCGCACAACGGCCUCAAAGGGACGAGCGCGGACGAAUCGUACGCGCUCUCGCUGCGAGGCGGCGUGCCGGAGCGCCGCUUCGUGCGCGCGCCUAGUGGUGCGGAGUUUGCCAAGGUCAAGCUGAAGACGGGCGCGCUGCCAAAGGGCCCCCACGCGGUGACCUUUCACGCCGUACCUUCUGCGCGCGGCGAUCUGCCAAACACGGAGUCUCAGACGAAGGAGUACCCGAUGCUCCGGCCUGAUGAUGAGAAGACCAUCAUCGUCCCGUGCCAAGGCGGCGCGACGCUCGAGCUCUGCGUGGCAUUGGGGUGGAUGAGCAAUCCGGUCGACGACGUGCCGCUGGACAUGGAGGUCGAGUUCCACUCGUACGGGCUCGGGGAGCAGCUCGGAGCCGCCGGCGCCGGCGACUCGUCGGUCGGCGUCCGCAUCGGCGCCGCGGACGAGUACGGUCGCCUGGAAGUGGGAGCGCCGCUCCGAUCCGAGACCAUCGACGCCGAGGCGUCGCUAAAAGCCGUCGACCGCGCGCUGCGCCCGACGAAGUCUCUCGUCCGCGCCGGCUCGGCCGUCCUGGACGCACUCCCGCCGUCCGACGCCGAGCUGCGCGCGGACCCGGCAGCGCCGGCGGCGCUUGUGCACGAAGCUUUGCUGACCUACGAUUUCGAACUCAAAGCCGCCAAUGCGGACGACGCUUCGGUCGGGCACACGGUCGUGCCGCAGCUGUCCGCGCUCCAUAAGCAACUCUACGAUUCGCCGAUCGACGGCGCGAUCUGGCGCGUCAAGGAUCAGAACGGGCAGAUUCUGGCGCACGGCGGUCUCAUUCACGACGCCAAGCCGCUGUCGCUCCGCGCGGGCAAGUACGCCCUCGAGGUAUUGUUGCGCCACACGGACCGGGCCGCGCUCGAGGACAUGAAGGAUCUCCCCGCGCGCUUGCGUUUCAACCUCAAGGAUCCGAUGACGUGUCCGAUCGUCAAGGAUCGCGGCACGGCGACCGUCGGCGGCGAGGCGCUCAAAGAUGGCUUCCUCCGCAAGGACGCGCGGCGCGCCAUCUACGUCCGCCGCCCCGACGGAAAGCUGCCCGCGUGGGUUGAGCGCGGCGACACGCUCGUGGGCUCGCUCGUGCUGGACAAGGAACUCGACGACGAUCGCGUGCACGUGCCGCUGGCGUACGAGCCGCCGCCGCCCGCGACGCCUGAGAAGAAAGACGACGCGACGGAUGACGACGAGGAAAAGUCCGACGAGGAGAAGGACGCGGAGGCGCUGACCGAGGCCGUCCGCGACGCCCAGAUUUCUGCUUUGAAGGCGUUGCGGGGCACGGAUCCGCCGAGCCGAUUCGACGCUCUCGCGGCCUCAAUCAGGACCGAGCACCCGAGCCACCUUCCCUUCCUCCGAGAAAUUCUCGACGAUGCCGUGGCACGUCUCAACAAGGCCACCGACAAGGCCGACGCAGCGAAUAGAGUCGUCGCCGCCGCGGAUGCGAUCCUGGGAGACGUGGAUGCGGACGCCGUCGCGUCUUACUUUGGCCGGAAAGAACCCCGCGACGGCGCGGCCGCGAAAAAGCGGGGCGACGACAUGGACGAGCAGCGCGCCGCGCUGAGGCACGCGCUUCUCUAUCGGGCGAUGGCGCUCUCGUCGGACGACGCCGUCGACGAGCUCGAUCGCUGGGCUCCGGAGGUCACCACGUUCGCGGAGGACGACGAUAGGGACACCUACGUGCUCGCGCACGCGCGGCGCGACGCGAACCGCGGCCGCCCCGGCGCCGCCCUCGCCGCGAUCCGGGCGCGGUUGAAGGUUGCCAAAUUGGACGGUACUUGUAAUCAGGCGCUCCACGACGCCAAGGCGGAGCUGUUGGAGACGCUCGAGCUCGAGGACUGGGUCCGCCUCGCCAAGGAGGACCUGCUUCGCCGGUACCCGCCGACGACGAACCCUCUCUAGGGACUAAGUGUGUU